AUGCAAGUAUUUGUUCGCGGCGACGCGGAGCUUAUACCACUCGAACUUGAAACCGAUGAUACUGUACAAGAUAUUCGUGAAUAUAUUGCUGAGGAAUAUGAUAUUGAUAUGAAUGAACUUGUAUUAAGUUAUAAUGGUACAGUAUUGAACGACGAACAAACAAUUGAACAAUGUGGUCUUCUAUCUGGUUCAACACUUGAUGCUACUAUGAAAUUAUUUGGUGGUAAAGUCCAUGGUUCAUUGGCUCGUGCCGGUAAAGUGAAAGGUCAAACGCCAAAGGUAAUAUAA